GCUCGCCUCGCUUCAGCAACAUUAUUUACUGCCCACUCACGUAUCGAGAACAAUUAUCCGACGGGACUUUUUACCAAAUAAUAGUACUAUUUCGCCCGCGGAUAGUGAGGGCCACCAUGUCAUUGACCUAAGGUAGUUUCCUAUCUCUUGACUUGGCUGGCGCAUUUGCAAACCAUUGGUUUUUGUCCAUUGUUGUCUGGGCAAGCCUAGGCUCUUGUUUUCUGUUCGAUUUUUUUUUUCUUUACCCGGGAUCAUUUGCCCCUCAUGCAUUUGAUCCCCCUUUGGUCUGGGUUUGAUAUGUCUAUAUCCGGAAGACAUGCCGUGGUCACGACACCAGGGUCAAAAGAGGAUGAUCCCCCACCGCCGGGUUUGGCAUCUCUGACCUUGUAAAUUCAAAGUCGCAUCCCGACUGAAGGACCCGCGUUGGAUGCUGCCGGCCCUUUGGGAGGGGGAACGGCUUUUUGUUUCUUCCAUCAAUAUCCAUCCUCCCCCUCAUAUAAGCCGAGCUAAUCCGUCUCGUCCCCGCCGACGGUACCACGGCCCUGCAAACAACGGGCGCGCGUUGAUAUGAUCGAUCCAGUCAAGGCGGCCUAUCACUAAGGUGUUCCGUAUCAUUACUUAAUGCCCAUACAUUUCCACCCUACUCUUUUACUUGGUUCUCCUCCGCAACCUCCAAGGUCUUUCUCCCCAUCUCCCUGUUCCUCUUCCUCUCGAUUACUUGUUCACAGUCAUCUUGCUACAAUAAACACCUAGAUCUUGAUAUAUCCCAAGAAACAGACAAAAGAAAACACUAUGGGCUCCAUAGAAAACCCGGAAAUUAUGGCUUCUACCAUGCUUCAUAUACUCCCACUGGCUGGCAAGGUAUAUGGAAUCACGGGUGGCGCAAGUGGCAUCGGCCUAGCCACGGCACAGAUCCUUUCCAGGCGGGGUGCAACGGUGUGUAUUGCCGACGUUGACCCAAAGGCAAUGGCGAGCGCAGAAGUCUACUUCUCGGGACAAAGCGGUGCAAAGUACAGCAUCACCAAGGUGGACAUAUCGAAGCGGUCCGAAGUUAAUGCUUGGGUGGACGGGAUAAUAAGCCAGUUCGGCAGGCUGGACGGCGCGGCCAACGUUGCCGGUGUCAUCGGCAAGAUUCACGGCGCCGUUCCGGUGUCUGAGAUGGACGAUGACGAGUGGGAUAAGAUCGUUGCCGUCAACCUCACCGGUACCAUGUACUGCAUGAGGGCGCAGCUGAGGAAUAUCGUGGAUGGGGGCUCCAUCGUAAACGUGGCUUCGAUACAUGGUCUCAAGGGUUUUGCCAACCAUGCUGCAUAUGAUGCGAGCAAGCAUGGUGUGAUUGGCUUGACCAAGGCCGCAGCACAAGAGAACGGCGCCAGAGAAAUCAGGGUCAAUGCCGUUGCUCCGGGUGCCAUCUACACCCCUUUGAUGCAGAAGAACUGGGACAUUACAGGCCGGCCCAAAGAUGCGCCUUUCGACGACCCCAGCGCCUUCAGAAGACAGGGCACCGCAAUGGAGACAGGAAAUGUCAUUGCGUUCUUGCUUGGUCCUGAUAGCACUUUCGUCAGCGGAAGUGUUUAUUCUGUGGACGGUGCUUGGAUAUGAAUCGUUUGCCUCACUCCACACACAUCAUCUAUCUCAUUUUAAUCACUUUUUAAGCAUUUAGCCAGCGAGCAAGUUUGUUCCGAGGAGAAGCUGUCUAGUCCAGCUAGCUCUAUACAUCACAAUGCCAGCGACACAGCUGCUCCCUUUUAUCGCACUUUACAUAAUGCGAAUUCAUCCGAUGCACCUCUAUACCCCUGGACUCUGGCAUUAUUGAAGAAUUAGCUUCCUCAUCAUUUCCUCCUGAAUUGGCAGAAAGUCAAUGCCGCCUACAUGUAUCUUGGAAAUUCUUUUCAAUAAUACGAUAGUCUUGCUUCACAGCACACAUCUGCCUCAGUUAU